GGACGGCAUCGAUUCCUGACUGACCGCCUGCUCAAGGACAGACAUUGGCUGCAGGUGAAACUGAGUGACCUGCUACGGUUCAGUGUUGUGAAAGGUUUCAUAAGGAGAUAUCAAGCGGUGUGAGAUGCUGUCGGAGCAAAGCGCGCGGAAAAGAAUCAGUUCAUCUUCGGAAUAGAGCCAGUAUAUGCCACCUUUUCCCGUGUUUCUCCGGAUGGAUGCCAGAUCCGCUUCCCCUCCUUCCUCCGGGGUGGCGGGCCCCUCCUCGCUGUGGCGGUAUUCCGAGAGGAGGAGUAGGAAGGCUGGCUCCGCCGACAUUUUUACCAACGUGAAUCUGUGGCAGCUCCAGAGACUAUUCAGGGCAGCGGGGGAUCAAGAUGCGGAGCAGAGAGCCCAGCUGGUAUGGGGCCACGGAGAUGAGGCUGAACUGGCUCAGGCAUUGAAAGGACUGAGGGCCCGGGGUCACAGGAGAGGAGUGAGGGCCAACGGUCGAGAGGUGCUGGGCUCACACUGGCUGCGAGCCUUCAAUCACCUCAGGAUCGGAGAGAGCUCGUCAAGCACCCAGGGGAAGGAUCCCGGAGAGGGGAGUGAUUCUGAGGCAGGAAGAGCACACAGCAGUCCGGAGCCACGCCGACGCGCCUCCAUAGGGACGACAGGAAGAGGUGCAGGGGUACUAAGUGAGAGCCAGGGCCCUUUGGGGACUUCUGAGAGACCAUUUAGAACCAGCUCAGGGCUGAGGAGAGGAGGAGAGAACAACACAGAGAGAUACCUCCACAGAAUACUCCACUGACUUGGGCAAAACCUCUGAGGUGCAAAACUGACUUAAUGACUGUCUGUGUGCCUGCUCUCCUGUCCUCAAUACUGCCCUGGUGGGUUCACAACAUAUUCAUAUUAUGAUCCAUUUCUGCUAAUAUCAUCUCUUAGCAAAAACGCUACAAAGUGUUGCUUUAAGUAGUAUCGUAGUUCAGUGUUGUAAACGUAUCAGCCGUUCCCUGGUUAUGUGUGUGUGGUAUGUUACGCAACAUUAUGGGAGGUGGCAUGAGAUGUAGAAUCACACGUCCAUCUACUGCACAUUCAGAGAUGUUGAGUCAAACUUAAUGAUUUAAGACUGCUAGUCACUGGUUUGUAGUUAUUGAUAGUCAAGUUUUAGGUGGUUAAUAGAGACCAAAAUAAUAAAUGGACCCUCGCUGUCCAGGGAAACUUGAAUAAAUAAUGUUCUCAUGUUAAAAUGUUCAUGGUCAGUGUGAAAAUCUCAUUUUCCUCUGAAAAGAUGUAUGCCAUCAUAUUCUGAACAUGUUGUCGAUACUGUUUGUGUCAUUUUUAAAUAUCUGGUAAUACAAGUCUUUGGAUUGUU